AUGUAUUUUCAGCCAGGCAUUUUAGUUGGUGGACAAAUUACGCAUAAUUGUUGCACUCAAAGAGGAAUAGGUUAUUACUUAGAAGUCCUGUUAGCUGUUGGCCCGUUUUGCAAAGAGCCAUUGAAUGCUGUGCUACAAGGUGUGACACAUCAUGAUCUUGAUGUCUCAGUGGACAAAAUAAAAGCUGCUGCUCUGCCAGUUCUCUUAAAGUUCAUUUUAGUAGAUGAUGGCUUGGAACUUAAGGUAGUUAGGAGGGGUGCACCACCUCUUGGCGGUGGCGAGGUGGUCUUCCGGUGUCCAGUUCGCCGCCACCUACGACCGUUACAAUGGACCCAAUGGGGUCUGAUAAAGAGGAUACGUGGGGUAGUAUACGCGUUGCGAGUGUCUCCUACGAUGGCCAACAGGGUGGUAGAGUCUGCCAAAGGGGUUAUGCUAAAAUUCCUCCCCGAUGUAUACAUAAACACAGACCAGUGCAGGGGUCCAAAUGCCGGCAAGAGUCCAGGUUUCGGUGUCAGUCUGGUGGCAGAGACGAACGAGAAGACUUUCUACUGUGCAGAAGCUAAAUCACUAGAGCCUGGUAGUGGAGAAAUAUCUUUGCCAGAGGAUGUUGGAAAAGAAUGUGCACUGAAAUUGUUGGACGAGGUGUACCGUGGUGGUUCAGUGGACUCCUCUUUUCAAUGGCUGUUAGCGCUUUGGAUGGCGUUAGGGCAAAAAGAUGUCAGCGAAUGUAUAGUGGGGCCCUUAUCGGAUUAUACUAUAAGCUUCUUGCAACACCUCAAGGAGUUCUUUGGGGUGAUGUUCAAACUGGAAGUGAUCAGAUCAGAAUCGGACGACGAGGUGUCCGAUGAUGAAGAGCAACACGUUACGAAGGCGCAAAAGGUGAAAAUGACCUGUGUUGGUAUAGGAUAUGUUAAUAUCAGCAAGAGGACCUUA